GGAUGAAGUCCAUCUAUAUAUAUAAACGGUACGUAGGUUGCCAAGUCAGUUACUCUUGUGUCUUCUACUUCAGUCAGUUACCCUCGUGUCUUGUAUUACAGUCAGUUACCCUUCUUGUCGGCACUUCCGUCAGGCGCCAACAUGAACUCAAAGAUGGUCUUGUUCUGUCUUGUCGGUCUCAUCUGUCUGCAGUUGUCUCACCAAGCCAGUAAGUCAUGUAACAUUGUGAUUGACAUGUUUUGUAACAUCUAGUGUAAUGUAAUUGUUUUAUCGUCGGUGUGUCUACCUUGUAUAGACCCCCACCCCCCCCCAACCUCCCCGGGAUCGAUUUCUUUAUUAACUGCGGUGUUACUCCUAGUCUCAUCAAUGAAGUAAAAUGCAAGAUUAAAUCAUUCAUUGGCCAAUAUGGCCGAUGUGGCCCAUGUGGCCCACGGGCUUAACAAGAUUUUCGAAAUCAUCGGCAGCUUUUCAUAAGUAGUGUUUUAUUUUUGUAUUUUAGAUCUUAUUCAACUGUUGUAAGGCAAAACAGUUUUAUAAAUAGUUUUCUUUGUUUCUCUUGCAAUGUGUUUUUUUUUUUUUAAAGUAUGUUCUGAUUACUGAAGUAUAACCUGUUUCCGGCUGAUGUUCUUUCUUUUAUUUCCGUUAGUAAUUCACUCUUUAGUGCUUCUGGGCAUUUUAUUUUGUGCGCCUAUUUUACAAAAUAAUAAUAACGUAGGCAAUCCCUUAAGUUUGUAACUUUUUUCUAUUUCUUUUCAUAUAUUUUGAUCUGUUUGCCGAGGAAGGCUCUUAGCCGAUACAUUCUAUCUUAUUGUCCCGUCUUUCACAUUGAAGCUUCCACAUACCUUAGUCCACUAUUUCUAUUGAAGACCGCCAUACACACAUCGCAUUAGAGAUUUAAUAUAUGUGAUGCUAUAGUGUUGCGUUGGGAGAUGUCGACGCAUUGGUUGUUAAGAUGUUGUAUUUAUUAUGUGUUGUAAAUGUGUCAUUUUGGUACUCAAUAUGAUUUAACUUUAUACUAGACAGAGGUUUAAUGUUCUGUGACCACAAGCCCAGAUGGUGUGUGUUUCCUCCUCUAUUACAGGUGAGAUCUGCUCCCUUCCACCUGUGGCAGGAGAUUGUAAGGGCCUGUUCUACCGAUUCUACUACAAGCCAGCCACCAAGACUUGCGAGCAGUUCGUCUACGGCGGGUGUCGGGGGAAUGAGAACAACUUUCUAACCGUGGAGGAGUGCACUGCGGCCUGCGGCCAGUGAAUACGACCUCGACCUUGACCUUGUGAUACUGCUAAUGUUUAAAACCGUGGCAGAGGUCACACAGUUCGGAGUUGAGGCUUGGACGGAAGAUCAAUAAAACAAAAAAAAUGUCGAAAACAUUUUAAAA